AUGGCUGAAGCAAAAAAUCAAACCAAGACUGUAUCAAGACGUAAAAUGGCUCUUGUAAUUGGUAAUAGUGACUAUGAAUAUCUUAAAAAGUUAAAAAAUCCAUCUAAUGAUGCCGAUGCUAUGGAAUCUACGCUGAAACGUAUUGGUUUCACUGUUACAAAGAAAAAAAAUGCAACAUAUGACGAAAUGGAGGAUAGCAUCACGAACUUUAAGCGAAAAAUAGAUAAAGGAGACAUGGUCUUAUUUUAUUUUUCUGGCCAUGGAGUACAAUGGGAAGUACGUAUUCAAGGUUUUACGAAUAUGAAUUGA